AGGCAUAUGCGCAAUGUAGACGACUUUUGAAGAAGAUGGAGGUGUUGGCAACAUUGCUUCCUGUCCUGUCUGUUUACAAUCGGUGGCAUGUAAACAAUUUGUUCUAAUAUAAAGGGGAUAUAUUAAGGUGUGGUUGGUUUUUAAAAAUGUUGUAAAAAUGGCUAAAUCAAACUUUGUUAUAUCAUAUUUUAGUAAAUAUAAAGUGUGUGUUAUGUGAUUUUAGUGUGUAUGUGUCUUUUGUUUGCGUUGGAAUCGGUUUAAAUGUCAAAAGGUUUAGGUUAUGCUCCAGUGAUCAUACCAGAACUACCUAUAGCCCCCUUUUAACUUGAAAUGAGCAAUUGGGCAGCUAGAAUGCAUCGGCGAGCUGCCACUUUCGGUAAUGUUGUCACGUCUUGUGGCCACCCCACAGGAGCUUUCCCACGAAGAUUAGAAAAAGUAAAAUUUGGUGUUCCUCUAGAAGAAGUCUGUAAAAAUGAUAUUCCGGGACCACUUUUGGUACUUAUUUUAAAACUAAACAAAGAAGCACCUUACAGAAGAGAUGUAUUUCGUGCCCCUGGCCAUCAGGGCGCUAUGAAGAAGCUCAUUCAUUUCCUUCAAACUGGCAGGCUGGUCAAUAUGGAUAAUUUUAGUGUUCACACUAUAGCUAGUGUACUCAAGAAGUUCCUCAGGAAGGUGCCAGGUGGAAUUUUUGGGCGAGAAAUUGAAAAUAGGUUUUUUCAAAUUAUAGAAAUUAUGGAUUUUAGAGUGCAGCAGGAAGAAAUUCACAAAAUCAUCACUUCUUUACCAGUUUAUACACAAAGGCUCUUGGUGUUGCUUUUUGGCACAUUUAGAGUCAUAGCGUCCAAUAGUGAGAAAGCAUCUACCGGUAUGACCAGCGAAGCGCUAGGUGUUAGCGUCGCACCGAGCUUCUUUCACUCCUGCGUUAGCGAUGGUAAAACUGCCAGAAUGGAGGAUGUCACGAAGUACAAGGUUGCCUCACGAGUCAUGAAGCAUUUAAUAGAGGAGUUCGCCGGUUCGAAUCUAUUCGGAAGAGAGAAUUACGAGUACUACGCCCGGGUGACGGGGCGAGUGUUGAGAGUGCAAGGCGAAUGGAUCUGUUCCUUCCAGUACCCUCCGCCCCCCACGAACGGGACCUUCCCCAAUGAAUACACGGCGUUAGAAAGAUAUUUGCUUGGGCAAUUGAAACUGGGUAAAAAGACUUGGCUACAGUGCGAAUACUAUGACCACUGGAACAGUAGUUACAAUUUGGAAGCAAUGUCUCAGGUAGAAGAAUGCCAAUCCACCCCAACUCUGAUAGACACAGGGGUACAACCUCAGGUCAGCUUAACCUCGUUGGGGAUCAUAGUUGGACACGAGCUGCUCGAGUCCUGUACAAGACUGUCCGUAUCUUUAGAGCAAAAUGGCCUAUUCCAGGGUAACACGUCUCGUUCGUUAAGCACGAGCCAAUCAUCGAAAUUAAGCCAAAACCACUCAGGACUGAAGAUGACUUUAGACGAGCUGAAAGCCGUUAACAAAUAUGCCGAGAGUACAAGAAGUUUAAGUUAUUUAUUGCAAGUGCAUGAAAGGCAAACGGAGAGAAUGAAAACAAGAUCCCAAUGGUUCUUGGGACCAUCUGUAGACUGCGCGGGCUGUCGGAAUUCAUUUGACUUCCCACUCAACGAAAUGGACGUUUCCGCCCUUACUAAUGCGUUUUUAAGAAAAUCGUCUUCAGGGACCAUAGUUGGUAUUGCCGGUCUGUCCAUUAGCGCCGAAUCUGUCCAGAAGAGACCAAGUGUCAAACGAACUAAUUCCAGAGAUAAAAGGCUACUCCAUAGAUCGACUAGUAGGCGUAACAAGGAGAACAACCCUCGCCCGAAUAGUCAAAAGGACUUUUGAAAUGUAUAAUUCCAUAAAGAAAAAAUUAUUAAAUUAUUUGUAUUAAAUGGUAUAUGUGUGGUUUAUGGGAUGACAUAGAAUUUUAAGAUUUUUUAUGUAUAUAUUAUAUAUUUAAAGAAAUAUAUGGAAAAAAUGUCUGAACUGUAUUAUCUGGUGUUUUUUUAAAGCCAGUGUAAAUAUCUGUGAUAUUAGAUUUAAAAAACAUUGAUGUAUUAUUUAUAAUGUAUAUCUUAAAACCUUUUUUGUUCGAUAUAUUUGUCCUUGUUUUGAGAUUCAUCUUAUACAAUAAAACUAUAUGUACG